ACUUUCCAAUGUUCAGAAUCCGUAAACAGUCCAAAAUCUUCCUCAUGCUUGUCCAUCAUGAUACUUUCCCUCCUGACACGCUUGCUUCCAUGGGCAUCACAUGAAGCCUCAACUACGACCCAUAAUUCCAAUGUCACGGCCAUACCGAACCAUUCAGCAGCGAAGUUUUCUGCCUUUAAGUUCGUUGAGGAGGUCGAUACAUGGCCAUAUUUCCAACAGGAUCCUUCCGCGUACAAGAAGCACAUGAGAGAUUUCUACUACUUCAUGGUAGAUGGCUACAGUCGGCCAUUUGGGUAUAUGCACCGCGAAUUUAUACAAGGUCUAUCAUGGUCGUCCGAGUGGAAAAUCGACCCAGAUGAUCGGCUCCUCACGCUUAUGUCGAGCGAUGUCGAAGGCCGCACCAAAGCUAUGAACGAGACGCUACGUGCGAAUUACAACGAAAAACGCGUGGUGCGGAAAUGGUUCAACGAGAACUUCGCUCUCGUUGCGCCUAACGGUGACCAUGUGCUGGAUAUGGACGGCGGCGGCGUCGAUUUAUUCGGGAUCGUCACAUGUGGUGUACAUAUGACUGGUUUCGUGCGCACUAAAUCUGGUCUCAAAUACUGGGUUCCAAGACGAUCGUACACCAAGACGACAUUUCCAGGCCGGCUUGAUAAUUUUGUAGCCGGGAAUCUGGGUUCCAUGGAGAAGCCAAUUGACGGUAUGAUCCGGGAGGUCUUUGAAGAGACAGGCAUUCCUAAGGACUAUACCCGAGCGCACAUCAAGGCCUGCGGCACAUUGACAUAUCAGAUGUCAGUCACCAACGACGGUCGGCCGGGUUGUCAGCAUCAUUCCCAAUACGUGUAUGAGAUGGAGCUGUCAGAGGAUGUUGUGCCUCGGCGGCAUGAUGGCGAAGUAGAGAAUUUCGAGCUCAUGUCUUUAGAAGAUGUCCAAGCAGCUCUCAUGAGGGAUGAGUUUACCCCAAAUCGAACCUUAACCUACGUUGCCCAUUUCAUCCGGCAUGGAAUUGUAACUGCGGAAAACGAGGCGCGUAUUGUUGAAAUUUGCGCGCGAUUACAUAGGAAGCACGACCUUUUUAUUGAGUAGAUAGGGUGGAGUAGGAUUAGUGCUAGUAGUCAGGGUCUGAAAUUUUCGUACUUAGAUGGCGAUAAGAACCUCACUAUG